AUGGUCCAACAUCCACUCCCCGAUUCAUUGAUAUCAAUGGACGAGGCGAUGAACUACUGGCAAAACGUCGCCCCUAGCGUCGACGGCAUGCUGGGCGGUUUUCCCUCCGUGUCCAGGAUCGACUUACAGGGCUCGCGGUCCUUUCUUGCCAAGUUGGGGAUUGGCAAGCCUCGGGUCCCAAGAGCGCUAGAAGGCGGAGCUGGAAUUGGUAGAAUCACUAAAGGCUUGCUGCUCGAUGUCGCUGAGACGGUGGAUAUCAUUGAACCCGUUGCUAAGUUCACCGCUGGUUUGGUAGAUACACCCGGUGUUGGCCAGAUUCACAACAUUGGCUUGCAGGAGUGGAAGCCAAAAGACGAACAGUAUGAUUUGAUCUGGACGCAAUGGUGUGCAGGUCAAAUACCCGAUGUUAUGCUCGUUCAAUAUCUUGAGCGGUGCGCUGCUGCUUUAGCUCCGCUGGGGAUUAUUAUAGUCAAGGAGAAUCUGAGCACUUCGGGAGAAGAUACGUAUGAUGAAGUUGACAGCAGUGUAACAAGGACGGAUGAGGGCUUUAGAGCGAUUUUUGAAAAGGCGGGAUUGGAAGUUAUACGAGCUGACUUGCAGAACGGAUUUCCGAAAUCGUUGCUGCCGGUGAAGAUGUAUGCUUUGAAGCCAAAGGGACAAUGA